CAGCAUCGGUCAGAUUGCUUAGUGCUCAAGCUGCUGUUGAUCCCGUCGAUCCGGAGUGGGCGAAUGCGAAGCCAUACAAUGAAAUUCCCUCUCCAAGUAUUAUUCAGUUUAUGAAAGGAUUCGCUAAAAAUGGACGCUACGCUGGUGUGGAUCUGGUAGAGAUGCAUUCACGCAUGUGGGAAGACUUUGGCGAUAUUGUGCGGUUUCGAGGAAUGUUCGGCAAGAACGAUGUCAUCAUGACGUACAGUCCGCGCGACAUUGAGAAAGUGUUCCGCACCGAGGGACAAUGGCCGAUACGCCGUGGGUUCGACAGCUUCGCUUACUACAGACAGAAGAUACGACCGGAUGUCUUCAGCGAGACCGGUGGGCUAGUAUCUGAACACGGCGAGAAAUGGCAACAAGUGCGCACGAUCGUCAACCCGGUAAUGAUGCAGCCAAAAACUAUUAAGUUAUACAUCGAUCAGGUGGAUGAAAUUGCGCGAGAGUUUAUGACACUUGUUGCCGAGAUGAGAGAUUCGAAGAAUGAGCUACCGGCAGAUUUCGACCAAUGGCUCAAUCGGUGGGCACUAGAAACGAUGGGGGUGCUUGCACUGGACACAAGAUUUGGAGUCCUCAAGUCGGAUCAAUCGCAGGAAGCCAGACAGAUCAUUGGACUUGUGAGAGAUAUCUUCGAACUAACGUACCAUCUGGACGUGGAAAUGUCGGUUUGGAAGUAUUUCAGCACACCUUCCUACAGGAAGCUGAUGCGUGUGUUUGAUGAUCUGACAAACUUGAUCAUGGCAAAGAUCGACGAGGCAAAGGAACGACUCGAAAAACAACCCUCAAACUCAGCCAAUCAAAGUGUGCUGGAGAAGCUGCUGAAGAUCAACAAGCACGUCGCGGCGAUUAUGUCUCUGGACAUGCUAAUGGCAGGAAUCGAUACGACUUCCUCCGGAUCGAUAGGGAUACUGUACUGCUUGGCUAAAAACCCAGAGAAGCAGGCAAAGCUACGCGAGGAGCUUCGCACUAUCCUGCCCAAGAAGGACUCACCGCUGACCGCUGAGAACAUGCACAAUAUGCCGUACUUGAGGGCGUGCAUCAAGGAAGGACUUCGGCUUUAUCAACCAGUCGCCGGGAAUAUGCGUGCUGCAGGUCGAGACAUAGUACUGCAGGGCUAUCGCGUACCAAAGGGAACGGACAUUGCCAUGGGCACGGCAGUUCUGCAGCGUAGCGAGAAGUACUUCCGACGAGCAGCCGAAUACCUUCCAGAACGUUGGCUAUCGGAACGUCCGGCUGAUGUGCCAAAUGCUAAGGACUCGAACCCGUUCAUCUUUCUACCGUUUGGGUUUGGCGCUCGUAGCUGUAUCGGAAAACGGCUCGCCAUGAUGGAGAUGGAAAUUAUUACCGCUCGCCUGGUGCGACAGUUUGACAUUCGCUGGAACCAUGAUAACUUACGCUUUAAGUCUGCAUUGAUCAACAUUCCCUCAAACCCGCUGCAGUUCGAGAUGCGGGAGGUUGAUCAUCUAAUGUGCGCGAAACGGUUUCAAAGUUCGAUUGCCACAUCAGCAAAAGACUAUAUCGAUCCGGAAUGGGAGUCCGCCAAACCGUACAAAACCAUUCCCAGCCCCAAACUGUUUACAUUUGCGAAAGAAUUUAAGGAGGGAGGUCGCUAUUAUGAGCUCACCGGCGCCGAACUGUACGAGCGUUGGCGCGAUGAUUACGGUGAGUUGAUACGCAUCAAUGGCAUGUUGGGCCGACCAGACAUUGUACUGACCUAUCGACCGGAAGACUUUGAGAAAGUGUACCGUACGGAAGGUGUGUGGCCGAUACGGAGAGCCUCCGAGACGCUCAGCUACUAUCGCCAGAAGGUGCGUCCGGAAGUGUUUGGUGAGCUGAGUGGCCUCAUUACAACACAAGGCGAAGAGUGGCAAAAGGUACGCACCAUGGUGAAUCCGGUGAUGAUGCAACCCAAAAUCAUUCGCCUGUACGUGGAUCGGGUUGAUGCAAUUGCCCAGGAGUUUAUGUCAAUAGUGUCCAGUUUGCGUGACGAAAAAAGUGAGCUACCAUCCGACUUCUAUCAGUGGCUGAAUCGUUGGGCUCUGGAAACUGUGGGAGUGCUUGCGUUGGACACCAGAUUAGGUGUGCUUCGACCGGAACAAUCAACGGAAGGCAAGACCAUCAUCGCACUUGUCCGGAAUAUUUUUGACUUGAUACACAAGUUGGAGUUUGAACCAUCACUUUGGAAGUACUUCAAAACACCCACCUUUAAGCGACUGAUGAAGGAGUUUGAUAACUUAACGAACUUCGUCAUGGCGAAAAUCGAUAAUGCAGUACAAAAGUUUGAAAAAAACCCAACGGUCGAGGGAAAUCAAAGCAUCCUGGAGAAGUUGUUAAAAGUGAACAAGCAGGUUGCAGUGGUGAUGGCGUACGAUAUGCUGAUGGCCGGAAUCGAUACGACUUCAUCAAGCACCGUUGGACUGCUGUACUGUCUCGCCAAAAACCCCGACAAACAGGUCCGUCUGCGCGAAGAGCUUAGGACGAUUCUUCCACGCAAGGACUCACCCCUAACACCGGAAAACAUGCGCAAUUUACCGUACCUAAGAGCAUGCAUUAAGGAAGGCCUCCGUUUGCAUCAACCAACGCCAGCAAACGUGAGGAAAGUGGGUCACAAUAUCGUUCUUCAAGGGUAUCAAAUACCGAAAUAUACGGAAGUUGUGAUGGCUUCAUUAGCGUUGCAACGGGACGUCUCACACUUUCCCCAACCGGAAGCAUUCCUGCCGGAACGCUGGCUACAGGAUGGAUCGGAUACAGAGGCGCCGAAUGCUAAGGAGGCUCAUCCGUUCAUCUUUUUGCCGUUCGGAUUUGGAGCUCGGAGUUGCAUCGGUAGACGACUGGCAAUGCUAGAGAUGGAGAUCGUUAUUGCACGGUUUGUGCGAAGCUACGAGAUUGGAUGGAACCAUGGAAAACUCAAAAUGAAGAUGGAACUGGUCAACACACCGGCCAUUCCACUUCACUUCGAGUUGAAGGAUGUGACAGAGUAAUGUCAGUGAACGAUAAUAGUG